AUGAGUUUGAGAAUUUACUUUGGUGAUAAGGUCAUUUCUCUUGCAAAAUGGCUUGUGAAUAGUUUAGAUAAACCUUCAAGUUUCUUUUGCUUUGCAUUGUUUGAAGUGGUGGCUCAAAUUCAACAAUGGCACGUCAGUUGUGAAGAAAUUCAGCGUGGGAGGGGCGUUGAUGUGAACUACCGAUGGAUUAUAGGUGACGCUAGUGUAGACAGUAGGCAUGGGGCUGUCAGUAUGCAAUGUGUUGACGGCGGAUUUAUGCCAGAUGUGAUUUGGAUUUACACUGAAAGUGAGAUAAAUUUAUUGGACAAAACAACAGUGGAAGAAAUGUUGAUGAAGACUUUUGCUUUGAAGUCAUGGCAGGUGGGCGUCUCUGGAAGAUUCAAGACAAAGGAGGAGGAAGACAACUUGGACAAAUCUUAUUUUUCCAAGUUUCAACAAUUGCCAUGGAGUUGCUGUACGAGACUGCCGUCAAGCUUUGGCUUAUAA